UAUAGGUAGGAUAGUAGCCUAUAGUUUAUACUUUAUAUCCCACAGAUAUAACCCCAAUACCCGACGUACGCAAAUAUUUCUGGUCUCUUCGGCCAUCGCCGAUCAUAGAGCGAGCGAUCUACACUUUCUCCGGCGAUGCCUUCUCCUCCUCCUCCUACUCAGUUGGCAACGAGACGGGCUAAGGUGGAGAAGCUGGGCAGCAAGUCACCGCCGUUCAAGAUUCUUGGAGAGCCGUCUUCGACUUUCUUUCCUUCGAGGGGAGAAAUACUGAAGCUUCUCCUCGUCGUAUUCAUCGCUGCUUCCGUCGCGGUUGCCUGCAAUUUCAUCUCUGGUAUCAUCAGCCGCCCCACUAAGCCUUUCUGUCAUAGCGGCCUGGACUCUGGGGAUCUAGAUAUUUGUGAACCUUGUCCUGCGUGGGGAUGGUGUUCUAAUGGCAACCUGGAGUGCUUGCAUGGCUACAAGAAGCAAGGAAGAAUAUGUAUAGAAAAUGGGCAACUUCACCAAACAGCUAAAAAAUUAUUGAAGGUGCUAGAAGAUGAUGUUUGCGGUUCUCAUGCUCAAGCCUUAUGCAACCGAACUGGGAAAAUUUGGUUUGAAGAAGGUGAUGUUAUGAAAAUAUUGGAUGAUCACAAAGCAAGAGAGAAUAUUCAAAUUGAAGACGAUACUUAUAAACUUGCAGUACAUAUGGCUUUGGAGACUGUUCAAGGCAUUCUUGAGAAGAAGGAAGAUUCAAAUGGGAGCAAGGAAUAUAAGUGUCCUCAACUGCUAGCUGAACUUUACAAACCUCUUGAUUGCUGCAUCCGUCAGUGGAUAUACAGACAUAUUUCACUGGUUACAGGGUUUUUGAUAAUUGUCUUAUGUAUGACAAGGUUUUUUUGGAUCGAACAUCGGAAACAGAUUGUGUCUAUCAGAGCUGAAAAACUUUAUGAGGAGGAAAUAUUUUUCCCUGUACAUGCUGGGAAAGAUGGCAUGCUUUGGUGCCGGCUUAAAAGAAGGGAAAAUGUUUGUGAAAUCCUUGAGGAGAAUGCUAUGACAGCAAGAAUAAGAAAUGAAGGAGAGCCUUGGGUGGUUGCCUCUUGGUUAAGAGACCAGCUACUGCUACCGAGGGAAAGAAAGGACUACACAUUAUGGAAAAAGGUUGAAAAUUUGAUCCAAGAGGACUCUCGCAUAGAUCAAUACCCAAGACUGAUCAAGGGAGAAUCCAAA